GUGACACUUUUUUUUGUUGUUACCAAAUUAUCAUCAUUUCUUUCUCAUACCACUCAUAACAUGGAACAAAUACAAUUACAUACAUUAGUCAGGUAAUAACUACUGUAAUUAAAAGAUGGUUAAUUCCAGUAGUUAGUUCCAGAUUGUUUUUUUCUCAAACUCAGUACUGUACAUUAUAUAAAUGGCACUGGAUCGUGAAAAUUGAAAAUACUUGUCGUUUUUGGGCUUUUAUGACUUUGUAUUUUUGUAUUUUGAAGUUACAUAACUGCACUAAAUUUUUAGCUGCCAGUACCAGAUUGUUUACACAUUGACCCACACUGAAAUGCACAAAGUUUUGGACCCUGCUUUUGGUACUGUUGCAGAGAGCACAAAGUGCCAUUCAUAGGCAGGAUACCUGAGACACUGCAAAUCAACAGCUCUGUCUUUGAGAGUAAAGGAAAUAACUAACACAACAACCAUCUCAUCAGUGAAAUCCAUGUGCAACAAAAAAAAUGAUAGAAUUUUAAAAACUCACAGAAAAAAAUUAUAGUUACUCCUGGAAUGGCAUUAUAUUCUUCUCAUCUUUGUUACACCCCAUCACCCCCACCCUUUCUGAGCUUGCUCAUAUUUCAUUCAUUUAAGUCCACUCUUCUACACACAGAGCGCCCAGAGUCCUGUUGGACCUAUCACGUUUCAUGUUAAAACAGAGUUCAUUGUUCGCUGAUGACAUUGAACACUGAAAUAAAACAGUGUGUCUCUUGUCUCCUCACCGUCUCUGAUUAUCUUCCACUUAUCUGGUGCAUUUUUAUUAAAGAGGCUGAAUAAGUGGGUUGUCUCAGCUGCUCCUGAUACCUCAGCAGGUGGGACGGGCCAAAGAGCCACUCUGGAGUUCCCUUCAAGUUACCUACAUGAACAGUUGAAUUUAAGCACUGAGCGUGUGUGUGUGUGUGUGUAUACAGAGGCUGAAGAUGGUUUUUUUAACAACUAAAAUAAUGCAAAGGACUGCGCUCUUUGUGACAUUCGGUGGUUUAGUCACUUCUCUGAUUACCACCUUCAUUCCCCUGUGGAAGACUAUGAACUCUGACCUGAAUGAGGUGGAGAACUGGUUCUCUGGCCUGUGGCACACCUGCCUUUACACAGAGGAGGUGGGAAUCCAGUGCAAGGCCUAUGAGUCCGUCAUGGGACUCCCGCUGGACCUGCAGAUCUCCAGGGUGCUCAUGUCUGUGUCUAUAGGAACUGGAGGAUUCUCUGUGUUGGCUGCUUUCCCAGGUCUUGAAGGGGUUGAGAUGUGUGUCGGGCAACCUGGCCGAAAGAGAGGGCUGCUCAUCCUCAGUGGGGUGUUGUCCUGGGUGUCGGGCCUCACAACACUGGCUCCUGUCUCUUUUAUUGCCUACACGACUGUGGUGGAAUUCUGGGACGAGGGUUUUCCUGAUGCAAUGCCACGCUGGGAGUAUGGAGAGGCAAUGUUCUCUGGAUGGUUUGGAGGUUUAGCUCUGGUGAUUGGAGGGACCUUGUUCUUUGUAGCGGUGUGCAUGGGGGACUACGAUAGGCAGCCACCAAGUUUCCACACCUGCCCAGAGCUAAAGCACAGGACAAAUCACUACCUGAAGACAGAGGUUUUAUAGAUUUGUUACCAUCAGAUGCGUGUCUUCUGCACCUCAGCAUGUACUGCAAGCCUAUCAGCUUUUGCACUUGAGACUUUAAUUGACAUGACAUUUAUAUAAUAGUUGACAUGAAUAACUAUUUCACAGACAAAAUGUUAAUGUGAUGAUUUUGUGAAAAAGCUUUACAAGGGCUAAUUAAAGUUUUGUGAAAUUAGAAGCAACUGCAUUUGUUUUUUUUCCUUUAAGGUCAGUUUAAGACAAUUGGUACAGGGUGACACAGAAUGGAGCACAAUAAUUGAUUAAACUUAAAAUGUUCUAUUGUAAAAUGUUUUUUCCCAAGGGUAGAAAUAAGUAUUGCAUUUAUGUGUACGUCCAUUUUAAAGGUGUAAUGCAUCAUCUGAAAUAACAGGGGAUGCAUUCCUGAGCCACAGCUCGUCUUCAUGUGUCAAAUUUCCUUUUGGAGAUGGACUUAUUGGGGGUGGGGUGUUGUUUCUGCCUUAAAAUGGAGGUAGUAUUUGACAGAUCACACCCUACUCAGUCUCAUUUUACAUGUAGAAAUAUCUGUUAAGGACCAAG